CUGUUUAAUUUAGCAGGUUGCAGAAAUGUGCCUGAAUCCGAUGUGUAAUUUUUCUGCAGCGUAUUAGCCUCAUGAGGUAAAUAAUGCUUUGACUUGGUCGACGAAAAACAAUCUCACCAUUUCGAAUUUCUUAAUUAAAAUUAACGUCCUUGUAAUAAAUUUAUUGGAAUAAUUGAUAAAUGUUGUAGGUGAACGUGACAACCCUGUUUCCUUUUUUAAAAAAGUCCUGCCGUGUACAGAAAAUAUGGUUAACCAAUAAUCGUCAUGUAUAGAGACAAUUUCCGCGCAUGCGCCUGUACCAUUUGAUUAGUCCUUCGGUACACAUCAGGUUUGAAAUAUACAAGUUAAUAGUCAAGUACAUUUUUGCUUAUUAUUAUCAAGAAAAAUUUAUAAAUGAGCCGCUCGUUCAAUCAUCAUUUGUUCGUGCCACAAUUCAUACAUAUCGUUAACGUAAUGCUAUACAAGCACAAUUAUUGAUUUGGAGUUUUUCUGUCCACAAAUAAACAUUAAGUCAAAUGUUCAGACCAGGCAAAGCAAUUUAAACAAAGAAAAAAAACUAAAUAGAAACAUAUUAGCUCCUAAAAAGUUAUAAACAGUGAAACAUGGGGUGCUUAAGUAGUAAAGACAAGUUGACCAAAGAAGACAUGGAGUUUUUAAAAACGCAUACGAGAUAUGACGAAGCCACAAUUAAAGAGUGGUAUAAAGGAUUUAAGCAAGAUUGUCCCAACGGCCGUUUGACGCCAGCAAAAUUUGUCGAUAUGUAUAAAAUGUUUUUCCCAUCCGGAAAUGCGGAAGAGUUUUGUGACCAUGUUUUCCGUACAUUCGAUAUGGACAAAAAUGGAUAUAUUGACUUUAAGGAAUUUUUACUCGCAAUAGAUGUAACUUCGAGCGGAACACCGGAAGAAAAGCUUAAGUGGGCCUUUCGAAUGUACGAUGUCGAUGGCAACGGUGUCAUAGACAUACAAGAAAUGACCAAAAUUGUUCAGGCAAUUUAUGACAUGCUAGGAGCGUGCUCAUCUAAUCGUCCAGCUGAUUCAGCAGAAGAAAGAGCAAAAAAUAUUUUUGCAAAAAUGGACGAAAAUAACGAUGGUCAAUUAACCCAAGAUGAGUUCUUAAAAGGAUGCUUGCAAGACGAGGAGUUGUCAAAAAUGUUGGCACCAUAAACAAUUAUAUCCUACAAUAUGUGUGUAUUUGAUGAAAUCAGUAAUGAAAUGUAUAAAUAUUUAAUUUAUAUUUCUUAUACUAAAAUUAAACUACUAUAAAACUA